GUCGGGUCCGCUACGUGCCGCUCAGCCACACUUUGUCCAGGCUUCUUUCUUCCAGCCGCAGGAUGUCUACUGACUUCUCAAGAUCUUUCCAGAACCUUCUGCUUCUGUUGUGUGCUGCCUCGGCUGCUGGAGGGAACAGCAGCGCACGAGGAAGAACCUUCGCCCUCUUCGACGCGUCCUUCACCGACGAGCCCAUCCCGCUCGACGCCCUCGACGCGGAUUUCCCGGCCAACCCCACCGCGAGGGUGCGUAACGCGACCGCCGCCAUCUCGGAGGCGGCGCUGCAGUUCCUGACGGGCCGCUUGUCCACGCUCCUCAUCCCGUCCUUCUACGCGCUGGUCUGCCUGGCGAGCGUCCCCGUCAACGUCUGCGCCGCGCUGGCCUUCGCCCGCCGCAUCCGCCCCAAGAAGCCGGCCGCCGUCUACAUGCUGAACCUGGCGUGCGCCGACCUGGUCUUCGCCUCGCUGCUGCCCUUCAAGAUGGCGUACCACUUCGCCGGCAACCACUGGGUGUUCGGCGAGGUCAUGUGCCGCGUGGUCACCGCCGCCUUCUACUGGAACAUGUACUGCUCGGUGCUGCUCAUCGCCUGCAUCAGCGUGGACCGCCUCCUCGCCGUGGUCUACCCCAUCGACUCCCUAACGUGGAGGAGGCCGCGGAUCGCCACGGCGGCCUGCGCCGCCAUGUGGACGGUGUCCCUGGCCGCCUCGGCGCCGCUGGUGGCGUCGCAGCAGACGGUGCGCCUGGAGGAGCUGGGCGUCACCACCUGCCACGACGUCCAGCCCGUGGACCGGCUCCUGGGGCGCUACAAGGUCUACUUCAUCACGCUGUGCUGCGCCCUCUUCCUCGGCCCCCUGCUGGUCACCGUGGGGUCCUACGCCCGCGUCAUCUGGUCUCUGAGCGCCGUCUCCCGCCGCGUCCCCGCCAGUUCGCGCAGGCGGAGCAGAGCCGUGGUGAUGGCGCUGACGGUGCUGGUCAUGUUCCUGCUCUGCUUCGCGCCCACCAACUGCCUCCUGCUCUUCCACUACGUCCACAUCCACAGGAGCGCCCAGGACGCCCCGGAAGGUUCCUACGCCGCCUACUUGGUCUUCCUGUGCUUGGGGAGCCUCAACUGCCUGCUGGACCCGCUGCUCUACUUCUUCGGCUCCUCUCAGUGCCAGAGAGAACUGCUCGGGCUGCUCAGGUGCGACAAGGCAGCCAAGACCUUCGGCAGCUCCUCGUCCGACUCCUACAGGUCCAGCACCAGAACCUUCCUCAAACCCGGCUCCAGGAUCGACACGUCUGUCGCCAAGCAGGAUUCUUUGGGCGGGCAGUACAAGAAGCUUGUGGUCUGACCCCCGAGAACCAAAUGGACUUUUUGAACAUUUAACCUGGAACCAGGACCAGUACUCGUCCAAGGCCCACAGAAAUAUGACAUGUUAAGUCUUACAGCAGGAGGGGGAUUCAUACGGCCCCAUUCGUCACGGUUUACCUGACACAUGAAACGUGACAAACUUGUCCCAAUCAGUUUUUGGUCUAACUAUGAUAUAUUUUGGGGGUAUUAAGGUGUUAUUAUUCAUAAUCAGACCCCUCAACCUUGUCAAAAGCUCCCCAAACCUGUCCUACAAACAUUUUUUGUCUGUAAUAGUUUUCAUGUUACAGUUAUGAAUAAUAAGACGGUAAUAAGAAAAACUAUAAAACGUCAAUAACACAAAAACUAUAUUACUUAAUAACAUAAAAUCUAUAUUACUCAAUAACAUAAAAACUAUAUUACUUAAUAACAUAAAAUCUAAAAUAGUUAGACAAAAAAAUAGCAGUGUUGGCCUAAAACCUUUGGGUUUUUUUUAAGUGUAUUUUUUAAAUGUUAUUUACAAAAAUCCCAGAAUGUUAAUCAAUCUGAUAAAAGAAAACAGAGCAACUCCAACCUAAUCCCAGCUUUACAAUGUUUAAGAUGAAAAAAAAUACUACACUACAAAAAAUUACAACCAAAAAUGUAUGAAAGCAACGGUAUCAAUAAUUGUAUAAAGUUUUUUAUGUAAAAAAAUAAUUCUUAAAAAAAUUAUACACAAUUGGCAAAUAAAUAAAUUUUAAAAAAUAGCGUUUUAAUCGAAAAAUACAUUUAAAAAAAAGAUUUGCAAAAACAAUAACGUGUUUUUUUUUUUCCCUUCUAAGAGUUAAAAUCGAAUAGUAAUUAAUAACAAUCCAGAUUUGGGUGUGAAUCAACUUUUUGAGCCCUUUUCAUCAUAUGGCGUCAAAACAGUGUAGAAACCAUACUCUGCAAUUAAUAAAAGCAACAGUAUCAAUAAUAAUAAUAAUAUCAAUGUCAGUUGUUUUUUAAUCGAAAAAUUAAUUAAUUUGCAGAAACCCACAUUUUUUAAAUAUUUUUUUAAGAAUCGAUUUAGAAUAGUAAUUAAUAAAAAUCAAGAUUUGGGUGUGAAUCAACUUUUUGAAGACCGUCAAAAGAGUGCCAAAAUUUCUGUGUGUAAAAAACAUACUCUGCAAUUAUUACAAGCAACAGUAUCAAUAAUAAUAAUAUCAAUAACAGUUGUUUAGGUUUUUUUAAACGAAAAAUACAUUUAAAAAAAAAAAAAAAAAAACUACAUUUUUUAAUUAUUUUUUUUUAAUGGAUGGAUUCAGAAUAGUAAUUAAUAAAAAUCGAGAUUUGGGUGUGAAUCAACUUUUUGAGCACCGUCAAAACAGUGACAAAAUCCCCGUGUGUAAAAACCAUACUUUGCAAUUAAUAAAAGCAACAGUAUCAAUAAUAGUUGUUUAGUAUUUUAUUAGGAAAAUAAAAAAUGUUAAA